AGGUGCAGGCUUGCUGCUCGCUCGCCCAGAGGUGAUCGCAGGGGCACUGAGCUGCCAAGCGACGGCAGACGGUUCUAGCCCAAAAAACUUAGGAGCCUGGAACAGCUUAGGCCACUUGUCUAAAGCAGGACAGGCAUUCACCCGGAGCAUCGGCUGCGACAAGCACCUGGCAGUGGCUUAUUUCCAGCGGGGGAUCGUGUUUUACCGGAGGCAGAACCAUGAAAAGGCCAUUGAGGAUUUCAGAAAGGCGCUGGCCCAGCUGCGAGGCAACCAGCUCAUCGACUACAAGAUCCUGGGGUUGCGGUACAGGCUCUUUGCUUGUGAGAUACUCUACAACAUUGCGCUGGUGUAUGCCACGACGGAGGACUGGAAGAAAGCCGAGGAGCACCUGACACUGGCCAUGAGCAUGAAGAGCAAGGCCCAGCACAACAAGAUCGACAGGGCAAUGGAAGCCAUCCUGAAGCAGAAGCUCUGCGAGCUGGUGGCCAUUCCCGCAGGGAAGCUGUUUAGACCAAAUGAAAAGCAAGUGGCUCAGCUGGAGAAGAAGGACUACCUGGGAAAGGCUAUGGUGGUGGCAUCCGUGGUGGACAAGGACAAUUUUUCAGGAUUUGCUCCACUCCAACCACAGGCCUCUGGUCCGCCACCCAGACCCAAGACCCCAGAAAUCUUCAGGGCCCUCGAAGGGCAGCCGCACCGCGUCCUGUAUGAGUUCAUCCCUGAGACUGCCGAGGAGCUGCAGGUCCUGCCGGGAAACAUCGUCUUUGUCCUGAAGAAGGAGAAGGACAACUGGGCUACGGUGAUGUUCAACGGAAAGAAAGGGAUCGUCCCCUGCAACUACCUCGAGCCUGUGGAGCUCCAGAACAAGCUGUAUAUCCAGGAAGAAACCCCUCUUGAAGCCAGGAUCCCAGAGCCGCCCAGCUCCACCGCUCCAGAGAAGCCCCGUCAGCCAGCACCAG